AUGAGAUGUCUUGAUUCGCUAUUCUCGGCGCUCGAUAACCGCCGAGAGACAGCUUGCAAAGAUACCGAAUCCAAAGCCGAAGGACUAGCUAUCACCAGCCUCCCGACAGAGGUAUUAGAACAUGUCACUCGCUACCUCCCCCCCUCAUCAGCCCAAUGCUUUUCCAUGUCUUGCAAAAAGAUCAGGUACAUAAUCGGAAACCAGCAUAUGAAGGAGCUCGCGAAAUCGCACGAUGAGUGGUGUGAGCUACUAGAGCUGAUAGCGCGCGAAAUGCCAUACCACGUUGCAUGUCGUCGCUGCUCUCGAUUCCAUGACAUCCGCGACGUAUCGCAGUAUAUCGAGAACACAUACCGACAUGAGAACAAGACCCCCCCAUGCCACCUGAUGCACUGGGGCCGGGCCACAUUCAGCGAAUGUAUCUUCGCCAUGAUGCUGAAGCGCAAAGAGCGCGGGCUCCAAACCAGCCACCACCUCAAAAUGCUCUCGGGCGAAUGCGACAAGGUCAGCAGGCAAGUCGCGCCGAUGACGAACUGGGCUCCCUACUUCGAACGUUGCUUUAGCCGUGCUGAUGGCUUCUUCGCCUUCCCAACCUUACAUGAGAUUGCCGCCAUUCCGACCGAGAUUCGCCUCAUCGACGGCUCGUUCCUGAUGCGCAGGCGCAUCAUCAUGCCGAUGCGGCGACGCAGAUGGCCCUACGCUAUCUCCAGGAGGGCCUUCUGCCCGCACAUGCGCGGCACCCUCGACUGCAGCCUGGGCUACCUCGGGAGGCCGGAUAGGCUAAAUGCAGCGCGCCGGCAGGUCUUCAGGGACCUCGACGAGCUGGAGACGGAUAGGAAGGGCUCGCCGUGCCGCCACCUGUGGUCCGAGAGGUUGCAUUGCGAGUACUGCCCGACCGAGUACCAGAUCGAUGUCAGGCAUUACGGGGGCUUCGAGUACGUCGCUUUCUGUACCGUAUGGAAGGAUCUAGGGUCAGGGCCUGAGAGCGAUCUAUGGCAUACUCAGUUGCUCAAAUUCACUCCAUCACCUCCAACGCCUCGUCAUGAAUUGGAGGAGAGGAAGGUCGCUGAGCGGUUCCAGCAAGGCGGGAAGUUUGUGUUUGAUGCUAGGGUGAGGUAUUGGCACUUGAAAAAGAUGUCCCGGGUGUGUAAGAAGAUGGAUAAAACCUUGGGGUCUGACUUGACAAGGGAUCAGAGAAGAACGCUGAUUAGAAGCUAA